CUUAGCAACCUAUUAUAAAGUUUCAAGUUCUGAGAUUUUGUUUCAAUCUAAAUUCCUUUGAAAGCAAUUUCGCUAAUAUUAUUCUACUGUUUGUAGAUACAAUAAAAUUUACAAUGGCAGAAGAAUUGCAGAAGGUUCAUUUAUAUUAUGACGAUAUAAACAAAAUUCGAGUGAUUGAAACUAAUGUCUUGAAAGAAACUGAGGAUUUAAAGGAAACAUGCAAGGACUAUGACACAAAGAUUCAAGAUUUUGGAAAAAUAAUCAACAGUUUACUGGAGGUUCUAAAGGAGCUUGGUGAUAAUGUCGAGAAGAAAAAAAUGGCGGCUAUUGGUUCUAUGAACCUUUUAAAGUCUAUUUCAAAAGAAAGGGAGGCGGAGCAAGCCAAACUACAAGCGGAGAUAAACGAUAAGACAAUGAUACUAGAACAGUUAGACAGCGAAUACGACGCUCUUCAGAUUCUUGAAGCCACACAAAUGGAAACCAUUGAGUACUUGACGCAAAUAAGAUAAAAGAUAUAAUAUCGUUGAACUUCUGAUGUUGAUUUUAUCUACCCACUAAGUUCUUAAUAUUCUUCACUUUAUUUUUGGUGAAAUUCAAUUUCAAUUGAACCACAAACAAAAUAAAUAAAACUUAUAUA